AUGAAAGUGUUGGCCAGUCUCGCUCUCUGUGUUGGCUCGGUGAUGGCCUUUGCCGAUACCGCUCCGAUGUAUUCCGGGCUCAAUGCUUUUUCCUCGGACUACAUCGUUGAGGCCACGGAGGUUGCUAGUCAAGUUGGUGAGUACACCUCGAACUUGUGUUCCCAAGAUGACCGCCAGAAGCUCUACAUUUACCGCGUGAGCGGCUUGCAGGCCACUAAGCCACAGUCAGAUGCCAUCAACUACGUCAGACACGUGCACUAUGACCGGGCUGUCGACUUGGACUUCCCAAUCAGUAAGGAAUGUGUGGUGAAGUAUGCAAGCAGUUUGGAUUCGGAGGUGGGCGACGCAGACGUUGUUGUCGUUGACAUUGAUGAUGGAAUCGCUCACAAAUUCGAAGAAUUUUCCACCAAUGGUGCAUUCAUUGUCCAGGGUAAGCCUCUGUUCACUGUCAAGAAGAGAAGCUUCAGGGAGACCAUCCAGGAGGAUUUGGACAUUUUGAAAAAGAGAUAUUAUGAGUCGGAAGAGCUGGACGACGAAGAUUCGGAGGCCACAUUUUCCGAGGUCGAGGCUGACUUCAAGGCUGCAGAAUCGAUGAUUGCAGAGGAGGAAUCGUUUGUCACUGCAUUCGCUGAAGAAAAGGAAGGUCUGGUCCCAGGCGCCAGCAAGGGCAACUCCACUGGUAAGGCCAAGUCAAACUUAUUCACCGAGUACCGCUUUUUCACUCCUGGUGUGUGGCUGUCGUUGAUUGUGUCUUUGUUCUUGGUAUUCGUUGUUUCCACGGCUGUGGGGUGGAUCACCUCCAUCGAGACCUCCUACAACGCUUUUGAGAAGCAGGUGGACUACGAGAAGAAGAACGAAUAG